UCUGGGUGGGACUGCCUAGAAAUAGGAGCCCAUGGCAGAGAUUUUUGUUCUCUUCCAGCAUAGUAACUCUUUUUCUCAAACUUCUGUUCUCUUACCUCAGAUGCUCUGACUUCAUGCUCAGAAGGUCUGUGCUCAUUGAUCUAUGUGAACCCAACUAGACAGCAAACCUGCUGAAUUAUUCGAAAGGCCUAAUAAGGUUUUCUGCAGAAUAACAUUACAAUAAUGUGGCUAACAUGCCUGGUGUCCCUGUCCCUGCUGACCACAGUAACCUUAGCUGCCACCGCUACAUCAGCCGGUAAAGUUCUCAGCAACCAUGCCUCUAUCCUGGCUGACAACAGUGCCAACCUGGCUAUCAGCCUCUACCAGAACAUGGCAAAGGAAAAAGGAGCAGGCAACAUCCUAAUUUCCCCUGUGGUAGUGGCCUCCUCCCUGGGUCUGGUGGCUCUAGGAGGAAAAGGGUCCACUGCUUUACAGGUGAAGACCAUCCUGAAUGCAGCUAAAGUUCAGGAUGAGCAGCUGCACUCUGGUUUGGCAGAGCUCCUCACUGAGGUGAGCGACCCAAAAGCGCGCAAUGUCACCUGGAAUAUUAGCAGCCGCCUGUACGGGCCCAGUUCUGUCAUCUUUUUGGAGGAUUUUGUAAAGAGCAGCAAAAAACAUUAUAAAUGUGAUCAUUCCAAGAUCAACUUCAGCGAUAAGAAGAGUGCUGUUAAUUCCAUCAACGAGUGGGCAGCCAAGUCCACCAACGGCAAACUGCCCGAGGUCACCAAGCAUGUGGAAAACACUGAUGGAGCAAUGAUCGUCAAUGCUAUGUUUUUCAAACCUCACUGGGAUGAACAGUUUCACCCCACAAUGGUGGACAACCGAGGGUUCCUGGUGUCCAGUAGCUACACAGUGUCAUUACAGAUGAUGCACCGCACAGGUCUCUUUGACUUCUAUGAUGACACAACCCAUAAACUGUAUCUUUUGAGCAUGCCUUUGGCUCAUAAGAAGUCCAUUGUGUUGUUUAUUAUGCCCUACCAUGUGGAGUCUCUGGAUAGACUAGAGAAGUUGCUUAGCAAAAAGCAGCUGGACACAUGGAUGGGGAAGAUGAAGGAGACAGCAGUGGCUGUUUCUCUGCCUAAAGUCAGCAUGGAAGUCAGUCACAACCUGCAGAAGCAUCUUCAGGUGUUGGGCCUUACCGAGGCUGUGGACAAAUCCAAAGCUGACCUGUCCAACAUCUCUGGGAAGAAGGAUCUGUACCUGUCCAGCGUGCUCCAUGCUGCUGCCUUGGAAUGGGACAGUCAUGGAAAUGAAAUUGAUACCACCAUCUUUGGCACAGAGAAACUCAAGACUCCAAAGCUGUUUUAUGCUGACCACCCUUUCAUUUUCCUCAUCAAGGACAAGAAGACGAACUCAGUCUUGUUUAUUGGCCGGAUGAUCAGGCCGAAAGGGGAAAAAAUGAGAGAUGAAUUAUAAUUGAAUCUAAUGUUUCAGUUACUAUAUUCUUGUUACAAAAUCCCAAAGCAUUCCAAAACACAUAAUUUAGCAGCUGUGUUUAAAUAUUUUUCCAAUUGAGUUUCCCAACUGAUAUAUAAGAAGAUAAGUAGGUGGCUGCAUUACAUUAGAUUGAGAACUUCAAAAUAACUAUACUGUAACUGUGAGUUUUGCAGCCAAUUAUGGGAUGUAUUUUAUACUGUUAUGAUUUAAGAUUUAAUAGUAAAAACUUGGUUAUUUUUAAGAUGAAUAAUUUCCAUCUAUGAAUGUGCACUUAAAUGUUUGUUUUUGUUUGGUUUUCUCAAAGUCAAAGACUUGAAACAAAAAUUUUCUGAAGGAAAAUUUCUAAAACAAUAUGAAUUUUUUAAGAAGUGAUGACAAUAUGUUUUUGCUUCUAUUCUUUGCACUGUUACAGUCUAUUUUACAGUCUAUUUACGCACUCCAAAUGCACUGGCACACACCAGUUAAUAAACCUGAUUAUUCAUGAUUUUUAAAAGAGUGUAAAUGAAUGUCUUUGGUCUGUGGCACAUUUCCUUUAAAAAUAAAAAUUUUAGAAAACAUGUAA